UAGAGACUUAAAUGGCGGAAAAGCAGAGUAUCUGUGUUACUGGUUCAGGAGGGUAUAUUGCUUCGUGGCUCGUUAAGUCUCUUCUCUCCCGUGGCUACACUGUCCAUGGAACCGUUCGAGAUCCUUGUGAUCGAAAGAACGACCAUUUGAAGAAGUUAGAUAAUGCUUCAAAGAAUCUGAAACUUUUCAAGGCAGAUUUGUUUGACUAUGAAGGUCUUUCUUCAGCCAUUUCUGGUUGUUAUGGAGUUUUCCAUAUUGCUGGUCCUGUGCCUUUUGAAGAUGUUCCUCUCACAGAGGAACAACUGAUUAGACCAGCUCUCACUGGCACAAAAAACGUUCUAGAAGCAUGCACAGAAGCUAAAGUGAAGAAAGUUGUGGUUGUAUCAUCAAUUGCUGCUGUUGUUUACAACCCAAAAUGGCCUAGAGAUGUUGAUGUGGACGAGAGCUGUUGGUCAGACACUCAAUACCUUCACUCACUUGAGGGUUAUUGGUCAUAUUACUUUCUUGCUAAAACGUUAAUGGAACGUGAAGCAAUAGAGUGGAGCAGAACAAGCUUAGCUGAUGUUGUUACGGUCUGUCCCUCGGUUGUGAUAGGCCCUAGGCUUCAGUCCACGCUUAACUCUAGUAGCUUGGGACUUCUAAAUUUUAUAAAAGGCGGUGUAAUAUCCUUGUUGAGUGACCAGCUCUAUCUUGUGGAUGUGCGUGAUGUCGCGGAUGCGCUUUUGUUAGUGUAUGAAAAUCAAGAAGCGAAAGGAAGAUACAUAUGUAAUUCUCAUUCACUUCACAACUAUGAUCUUAUGGAGAAGAUGAUGAAUAUGUAUCCUAAACGCAACUUCCCUAAAAGUUUCAAUGAGAGAAAGGAGAAGCAAGUGAAUGGGAAUAUACUUCGAAUAAUCUCAGAGAAGUUGGAGAAAUUGGGGUGGAAGUUUAGGUCGUUAGAAGAAACCAUUGAUGACUCUGUUGUGAGCUUUGAAGCUACUGGUGAUCUUCCAAAGCAGUAAUAGCUUAUAUCUCAUCGUGCAAGGAUGAUAUGGUUCUUCUUCGUCUUUAACUACUUUAGUUUUACUGUCGUUUUAAGAUUUUACAUUUGUUUAACAUAAAACAAAGAAUGUUAUUUUUACAUUUCUGAUGCAGAAUUUUAAAUAAAAAUCUAAUUUUA